AUGCAGCCUCAUCCAGCACAUAAGGAGUGUCCUGCACACAACUCCAGCAAGUGCACACACAGCAGGAUCGCAACUGCACAACACUGAUCAACAGGAACUUUGACCGUAUUAUCCAAGGAUGAGGUUCUUUUUCUUUGCCUCAGUUUUGCUGUGCAUUGGUUUGAUUAAAGACAUCACGACCCGUAGGUCUCGAACCCGACGUGAGCUGGCCCCAGGACUUCAUACUCUUGGAAUUAGAGAUCCAGGUGGCUCAUAUUGUCAAAAAAGAAUUGCUUGCUGCCCAGGAAGAGAUGAUGCCUGUAUUGUGCCCUAUUUGGAUACUAUCUGCUACUGCGAUCUGUUCUGCAAUCGAACCGUGUCUGACUGCUGCCCUGACUUCUGGGGGUUUUGUUUACACAUCAGUCCCCCAGUAGGUGUCCAAAACGUGUGUAUUAAAAAUGGCCAACAAUAUCCAAGCGGAGCAACAUACCAAGACAACUGUAAUCAAUGCACAUGCAACAGUGACGGUAACUGGCACUGCGAGCAGAGCCCAUGUCUUAUCAACCCAAGAAUUAUUGAGGCCGUUAAUCGAGGCUCAUAUGGCUGGACUGCUCGGAACUACAGUCAGUUUUGGGGUAUGACACUAGAUGAAGGCAUCCAGUAUCGACUAGGAACCACAAAGCCCUCAUCUUCAGUGAUGAACAUGAAUGAGUUGCAUGUAAACAUGGACAAUGAUGUUCUUCCAUCCAACUUUAAUGCUGCAGAUAAGUGGCCAGGAAUGAUCCAUGAGCCACUUGAUCAAGGCAACUGUGCUGGUUCCUGGGCUUUCUCCACUGCAGGUGUUGCCUCUGAUAGACUUUCCAUUCAGUCGAUGGGGCACAUGACUCCUGCUCUGUCCCCUCAAAAUCUCCUUUCCUGUGACACCAAAAACCAGCAUGGAUGCAGAGGGGGCCGUGUGGAUGGAGCAUGGUGGUAUCUCAGGAGAAGAGGGGUUGUAACAGAGGAGUGUUACCCAUUUUCGGGUCAAAAUGGAAAUGGACCACCUGCGCCAUGUAUGAUGCACAGCCGCUCCAUGGGAAGAGGGAAGAGGCAGGCCACUGCUCACUGCCCAAACCCAUAUUCAUCAUCAAAUGAGAUCUACCAGUCUACACCAGCCUACCGCCUGGCAUCCAAUGAAAAAGAAAUAAUGAAGGAAAUGUAUGAAAAUGGUCCAGUACAAGCUAUAAUGGAGGUGCAUGAAGACUUGUUCGUGUACAGCAGUGGAAUCUAUAGACACACACCUGUAAUGGCAGGAGAACCAGAGCAGUACCGUCGUCAUGGGACACAUUCUGUAAAAAUCACUGGGUGGGGAGAAGAGUUGGCACCAAAUGGACAGAUUCAAAAAUAUUGGCUUGCUGCCAAUUCGUGGGGCAGAGACUGGGGAGAGAGAGGAUAUUUCCGCAUUGCCCGUGGUGAAAACGAGUGUGAAAUUGAAACUUUUGUAGUGGGAGUGUGGGGCAGAGUCAGCAUGGAAGAUGUUGCUAAUAGAAAAUGAGGGAUUUUACCAAGCUCUAGGAUUUUGAGGAUUUCUAAUACGCAAACACUGGUUUGUACUCUGCUCUUUACCUCCAGAUGAUUCCACAGCCAGUGAGCUGGAUAAUAAGGUCCUAGGUGGUAGGCAUGUGUGUUUAAAGUGGGAAACUGAGUCUUUAUUAUAACUAAGAGUGAGGUAAGUGUAUCUGGGUGUUUUUAUUAAUAAUAGGGCAUCUUUUGACCCAUACAGCAUAAAAGAUAUCUGCAACUCACUCAUGAGA